GUCGUCGUCUGAUUUUCUCUACGAUUUCUUUUUCUGUCUAGCUCGAUAAACUAUUUUUUGAUUUUUUUUGGGUAUUGGAGCCAUGGGUCAAGCUUUUCGUAAGCUAUUCGAUACUUUCUUCGGCAAUCAAGAAAUGAGGGUCGUUAUGCUGGGGCUGGAUGCUGCUGGCAAAACAACUAUUCUCUACAAGCUUCAUAUUGGAGAAGUUUUGUCUACUGUUCCCACCAUUGGAUUCAAUGUUGAGAAAGUUCAGUACAAGAAUGUGAUGUUCACAGUUUGGGAUGUUGGUGGCCAAGAGAAACUGAGACCUCUUUGGAGGCACUACUUCAAUAAUACUGAUGGACUUAUAUACGUCGUGGAUUCCUUAGAUCGAGAGAGGAUCGGAAAAGCAAAGCAAGAAUUUCAGGAGAUCAUAAAAGACCCAUUCAUGCUAAACAGUAUCAUUCUGGUGUUUGCAAACAAACAGGACAUGAGAGGAGCCAUGUCACCAAGAGAAGUAUGUGAAGGGUUAGGCUUAUUUGAUCUCAAGAACAGGAAAUGGCACAUACAAGGUACUUGUGCUCUUCGUGGAGACGGGCUUUAUGAAGGCUUGGACUGGUUAUCAUCUACUCUUAAGGAUGUUAAAGCCGCUGGAUUCACAUCGGUUGGCCACUCGUUUUAACUCCCCCAGGUAUACUUUGAUAUCCAUGGCCAAUGUCUUCUUCUUGGCUUUAGAAAAGGUAAUCACGAAGUCAGAAUCUCUGAAGACUUUUUUGUUAAUGAAAGAAUGAUCUUCUCAUGGUGGCAAUAUUAGACUCAAUUAGACUACUUUUGAAUUUUGAUCAUGCUGCCCUGAAAGCUUCAUUGUAUAUUCUGCUGAUGAAAAUUUGUAUCAUCUGAAAAACCUUCUCUAUGCGGUCAUCUUUGUCCGAUUGAGACUUUGGUAGAUGUAUAUUCUUCCUUUGAAAUCAUGAUAUAUUUUUUGAUAACAAAUAUAUGUUUUCCCU